AUGGCAAUAUGGAUCGCAUUUAUUUGGCUUCUAAGCUCCGUUCAUCCAGUGAAGAUUAUUCGUAUUCCGGCCAACGAGAAUGAUGGCAAUGCAAAAGGAGGGAUCGCUUCAGCUUUGUUACUAUUCACUGCCCUUCUCUACGGCAAAACUUAUAUUGCGUUACGAAAGCAAGCGAGAUCCAUGAUUGGUGCAAAAACAACAGUUUGUUCGAAGCAAAGUCGGUAUGCGCCCAACAAAAGCAUUUCGAUGGAAAGCAAAACAUGUGUUGAAAGUGAAAAUCGCGAACGUGCUCAAAAUCUGGAUAAUCGUGUUCAAAAUGGGAUUGAACGUGAUCAAAGCCUGGAUGAACGUGCUAGAAAUAAAAAUCAUCGUGCCCAAAACCAGCAUGAACGUGCUGAAAUUGAAAAUUUACCUGCCGAAAGUCAGAGUGAACGUGAUCAAAGCCUGGAUGAACGUGCUGAAAAUCAAAAUCAUCGUGCCGAAAAACAGAAUGAUCAUGCUCAAAGUCCGUAUGAACGUGCUGAAAUUGAAAACGAACGUGGUAAAAAUCACAAUCAACGUGCUCAAAAUAAAGACGAACGUGUUGAAAGUCAGAAUGAACGUGCUCAACGUGAAGACUUUUCCUCCAACAAAACGCCUAAAAAUUCCCAAGUAAUGAGCAAUACAAAGGAACAGAAGUUCUUAAACACUAUAAUUAUAAUUGCAUGUAUUGCUGUCGUUACAGUGGUGCCAGGGGUAAUUUAUAUCCUGCUUUCUGGUACGGAGGGAAACAUAAUGAUUCUUGUUGUUAUAAGUGCGAUAUAUUGUCUUAAUUUUGCCGCAAAUCCUUUUAUUUAUUGUUUGCGUUUAAAGCGAUAUCGGAAAACAUUUAAAAUCGUCUAUGGUUGUAAAUGUUGA